AUGGGAAGAGUCAGGUUCAUGGUUAUAGCACCUUUCUUUAUUACCACAAUGGUGCUAUGUGCUGCUCCAUUUAACGAGAAGCUCAAGAGUAAUACCGAACAUGGCUCUGCCUCCAUUAAGAAUGGUGAUGCGAAAGCUUCUGAGAAGUCUGCUGUAGCGAAUCAUGGGAAAGCUGAAGGCAACAAGGUACUAAAUUGUCACGAGGAUAUGACGAGCAGAAUAAGAGUGACGGACGAUGGGUCUGUGCAGCACGUGAACUACCAGAAGGGCAUUGUGUGUGCCCCGGACGGGUCAAAGACAAUUCUGGAGCUCCUCGGGGCACGCUGCGCCUCGAUGGGCAGCGACCCCUUCCUCGGCACAAUAGUCGGCAGCGAGGUCAAGUACAGGUCUGCAGAGGACAUCUGGAGAGAGGCCGAGGGCCUUGCAGCCCUCUUCGCGCGGCUCUUGGCACAGGAGGACAAGGUCGGAAUAUACUCCGUCAACAGGUACGAGUGGGUGGUGUCUGAGAUGGCGUCGUACAUGUCUGGGUGCAUCAACGUUCCGCUGUACUCGACGUUCUCGCCGGCGGAUGUGCGGCAGAUUCUCGCGGAGACCGAGAUGAAGGUGUGUGUUGCAUCUGCAGACAAGGCACAGCUGCUCCUGGAGACUGUGCUCGAGGACAGCAAGGCGGGGCUUUCGUGCAUUGUGCUGAUGGACAGGGACGCGGGGGUUGCCGAGAGGCUCCGGAAUGCAGGUGUUCUGGUGUACUACUUCGGGGACGUUGUCUCCUCGGGGGACAAGGCUGGCAGGAAGCGGUACCCGAAGGGGGACGACCUUGCAACGAUAUGCUACACAAGCGGGACGUCUGGGAGUCCGAAGGGCGUGAUGCUGACGCACAGGAACUUUGUGUCGUGUGUUGCAGGGAUCUCGCGGGGGUCGCGGGCCGGGGAGAUGGUGGAGAUUGGGAGGGACGACGUGUAUCUCUCGUACCUCCCGCUUGCGCAUGUGAUGGAGAGGGUGUGCAUGAACAUCUCGAUGGCGUCUGGGUGCAGGAUAGUGUUUUUCAGGGGGAAUCUGAAGGAGAUCAAGGAGGACUACCUUGUUGUGAGGCCGACGUUUAUUAUUGCUGUGCCGCGGGUGCUGAACCUGUUCAAGGAGAAGAUUGAGGAGAAGGUGCAGCAGAAGAACUUUGCGGCGCGGUGUGCAUUCCGGGGGGCGCUCUGGUACAAGAUGUGGAGGGUAAGCAAGGGAGAGCUCCGGAGCAGGUUUGUGGACUGGCUUGUUUUUGACCGGAUUGCCAAGGAGUUUGGGGGGCGGAUCAACCGGAUUCUGUGUGGGUCUGCGCCUCUCCGGAGGGAGGUUCUGGUGUACAUGCAGGCUGUGCUGUCGUGCAGGAUUUUCCAGGGAUACGGGCAGACGGAGAAUGUGGGUGCGGGGAUUGUGCAGCCGCUGGACUCGCGCGUGUACGACAAUGUGGGGAUUCCGUUUCCUGCGAAUGAGGUGAAUCUCGGGGAGAUUCCCGAGGAGCUUGGGUCUGAGUACAUGCGGCGGUACCCCGGGUGCAGGGUUGGGGAGAUUCUGCUGCGGGGGGACAAUGUGACGCAGGGGUACUACAAGAGGCCCAAGGAGACUGGGCAGCUGUUUACGAAGGACGGAUGGCUCCGGACUGGGGACAUUGGGAUGUUUGACUCUUCAGCGGGGGUGUUUUCUGUGAUUGGGCGUGUGAAGGACGGGUUCAAGACGUCGCAGGGGGAGUACAUUGACCCUGAGAAGCUUGAGGUGCUGUAUGCGGACGGGGAUGUUGUCCAGGACGUGUGCAUUCCGCGGCGGUCUGACAGCGACCGGAUAGUUGCGAUUGUUGUGUGCCCCGAGACGAAGAAGAGCGAUGCGGAGAUUCUUGCGCAUGUGCGUGAGACUGGGGAGAAGCUGUUCAAGCAGAGGAGGAUAACGAGGCUUGAGAUUCCGUGGCGUGUUGUUGUGCUGCGGCGGGGGUUUGAGAGUUUUGAGGGGGCGGACCUCCUCACGCCGACUGCGAAGAAGAGGAGGCCCCUGAUUGAGCGGUACUUUUCUCAGGAGAUUGACUCUCUGCUUGGGAUUAAAUGA